AAACCUACAAUAGCUAUCAGCAGGCCCCUCCAUCUCAGAGCCCCGGCUAUGCGUAUCAACAAUCCCCCCAGCAGUAUAACUAUCAACAGCCCUCACCUCAAUCAUAUACCUCACCGAACCCCGCGAAUGCUUAUGGCAGGCCUGGUAAGUUUAUUUUGUCUUGAGUAGGUGAAGAACCGAUGUACUGAGUACGACAGGAAUGCCCUCGGUCGACUCGAACUCGUACGUCCACGAAAACGCCCAAGCUCCACCUCCGCCCCCCCAAGCCCCCCAGCAUUUCGGGUUCGGCGCUCCGCAAGGGUACGCGUUUCAAUACUCGCAAUGUACGGGUCGGCGGAAAGCUCUCCUUAUCGGCAUCAACUACUUCGGCCAGCGCGGCCAACUCCGGGGGUGCAUAAACGAUGUCAGGAACAUGUCCAGUUAUCUUGUCGAGAACUUCGGUUACAAGCGCGAAGACAUGGUUAUUCUCACGGAUGAUCAGCAAAACCCCAUGAGCCAGCCCACAAAGCAGAAUAUCCUAAGGGCUAUGCAUUGGCUGGUCAAGGAGGCACGUUCAAACGACUCGCUAUUCUUCCACUAUUCCGGUCACGGCGGCCAGACCAAGGACCUUGAUGGGGAUGAAGAAGACGGAUUUGACGAGGUCAUCUACCCCGUCGACUUUCGGCAAGUUGGCCACAUCACCGACGAUGAAAUGCACAGAAUCAUGGUCCGGCCGCUCCAGUCAGGCGUUCGCCUAACUGCCAUCUUCGACUCGUGCCACUCCGGAACCGCUCUCGACCUCCCCUACAUCUAUUCUACCCAGGGUAUUCUCAAGGAGCCCAAUCUGGCCAAGGAGGCCGGACAAGGGCUGCUCGGUGUUAUAUCUGCCUAUAGCCAAGGCGAUCUUAGCGGAGUGGCAAACAACAUCAUGGGCUUUUUCAAGAAAGCUACUGGCGGCGAAGACGCUCAUGCGCGUGCCGUGGCUACCAAAACCUCGCCCGCCGAUGUUAUUAUGCUCUCCGGAAGCAAAGAUGACCAGACCUCGUUCGUACUCCCCUUUCCUUAUCUUACGUAUUAUUUGCACAUUACAUGACGACACAUUUGCGCUUUCUCUUUUGUUUACGUGCUGGGCUGAGACCUUGGUUUCUUGUUUUGUUUUCGUUUUAACCGACUUGAAUACCCGCGGCAACGCACUCUUCCUUCCUUUUCCCACAUUAUGUGUCUAGACUCCAACACAUUCUCACAAGAGUUGGUUGUCUUUGGGUGCUGGGAGGAAUGUUCUACAACUUCGGUCCCCUGCCUCAUGCGCUGUUUGGUCUUAAUGAAAGGAUUGGUCCUUGCACAGUUAGCUAUUCUAUCUAGGCAUGUCGGCUUCUUUUUCACGCUCUAGAUCCUGGUUGCAACCAAAUCCUUGGUUGUGACUUUGUGGUCUAGGGCGAUGAGUCACGUUGGAACGAGGGGCCUGAUUUGGCACGAGCU